GUCAUCUCUAGCCGUGUGAGUGUCCACUGAUACGUUUAACUAGGUAUGUUUAGAGCAGCACAGUCAACAGAACCAGUUAAUAGCCGCUACCUUCAAGAAAAGUGGGAUGCUACAACGUAUACCAUGCAUCGGCAAAGGGUGAGAGCUGCAAGGCCGACGGUAGACACUACGCAGCCAUCGCUCCAUCCUCAUGUUCGCUCCAAAGCGAGAAAACGACAGCUAGACGAAACACGAUUCGCUCAAAUUGAGAAAGACAAUAGAAAACUAUUGGAACACAUGACUCAUAUCAUGAAGAGGAAAGGAAGAAUAGACCAUCAUAACGAUUACUACCACAAAAGCACAAACAGUUGUAAACGACAGAGAGAAUUGGAUAGAAUAGCACAAGAAAAUGAAAAGAUGCUUGGUAGGAUUGCAUCACUGCAACCUGUUUACAGUACAGUAAAAUGGCUUUGUAUACAGGCAGCAGAAAGCAAGGAACAUCAGCAGCAACUGUUUAUCAGUUCCAGAUACUCACGAAAUAGAAGAACCCAGCUUCCUGCUCUGAAUAGAACACCUGCACGUGAAAGAAGAGGACUAUCUUCCAGUUUGGAGCCACAUUUCACAUCACACAGCAGAACAAGCUACACAUCAGAUAAUGAACAUCGACUGAUAACCACAAAGCCUCUCCCAUACAUUGGAGAGACUCCUGAAGAACCAGAAGAGACUGAUAGAGACUAGCCACUUACUCA